AUGCCUUCGCUGUCGCAUCUUCUGCUGGGCGCCGCCCUCGGCCUGUCAAGGCUAGCUGCAGCCAACCCCGAAGAUGGCCUCCCUUCCUACCACUACGGCGCGCCCAUCCACGUGGAGUGCAUGAACCGAAGCUCGUGCGUACUCUCCCUUGGCGAUCUUCCCCGAGCCCUCAGCAAUACCAAUGGGCGCAAGAUGCCCAUCAGUUCCUCUCGCGGGCAUGCCUGCCGGUUGGACUUGAACGGCCUGGCUAACAAUCAUGGCAGCGAAACAGGAGAACAUGUCGAAAACUCCAACCACGAAAUCGAAUGGAUCCCCUUCCCGAUCUGCGAAGAGACGAACAAGCCUCUCGAGUUCCAGUACGGCCACGAGGGCGAGCUGAACUGCACGAUCCCGAUGAUCACCGACCCCUUCUUCCACCUCCUCGAGUUCUACAUCCACAACGACGCGCCCCUAUCCUGCCGCCUGCCCGCCCGCCCCAAGCCCCACGUCGAGACCGUCGGCGAGAAGCCCCACGUGCAGGAAUACAUCCCCCUCGUCUUCGCGCUCGCCGGCACCCUUCAGCUCAGCCAUCUGCACGUCAGCACGCACAUGAACGUGCUCCUCCACAGCAUGCCGAAGCACCACACCCGCCCGCACGACUCGGGCGUCCUGGACUCCGGCACGGCGUACAGCACGAGCCCGUUGAGCCACAUGGACGGCACACACACGAAGAGGCUGGUCAUCGGCGACCCGCUGCCGUUGACUUUGUCCGUGAGGUGGUUUCCGACACCGAACCUGCCCAAGAUCGAGGGGCACGUUGAGUGGCAGGGCAUGGGCGGGCACGUCUACGCGAGCACCGUGUUCUACAUCAUCACCUCCUUUAUGGCGGGCGUGCUCGUCGCAGGGACAUACUUCUUCGGCGUGGUCCUUCCCAAGAGGCUGAGGGGGCGGGGACUCGGCGGCGCGACGCCGCUGGGGUAUGGGCUGAACGGUGUUGGUAACGGCUGGGGAUACUCCAAGGCUGCCAAGCGUAUGGACUAA